CCAAGCCACUCAGCCAUACUAAAGCUUUUAAUCAGCAUUAUGUGUUUUGAUUGUUAAAAUUUGAUUCAUUUUAAGACAAUUGUUUGUUAUUAGAUUUUGAAUUGUGUUUUUCUGAUCGAUUUUUAAGUCUCAUUUCUUGGGUUUAUCCUGUUGGUAUCACAAAUAGAGUUGUUCUAAGCUGUUUACAAUAUGGGUUCUCAUUGUAACAUUACCGGUUCGUUAACAGCUUCUCUACAUCCAUUAGUCAUAAUGAAUAUUUCGGAACAUUGGACUCGACUGAAGGCGCAAAAUAGUGAAGAACAGCAGGUAGUUGGUGCUUUGAUUGGUAAACAAGAAGGCAGAAAUAUUGAAAUUAUGAAUUCAUUCGAGCUGCUUUUUGAUCGUGUUGAAAUGGAGAUCAUUAUUGACAAAACAUACUACCUUCAGAAAGAAAAUCAGUUUAAACAAGUUUUCCCUGAUCUUGAUUUUCUUGGCUGGUAUACAACCGGAGAUACUCCUGAUGAUUCCGAUAUUAAAGUACAUCAACAAAUUUGUGAAAUCAACGAGUCUCCAGUCUUAUUGAAGCUUAACCCAUAUAGUCGUCAUACAAAAUUACCUGUUAAAAUGUUCGAAACAAUUAUUGAUAUUGUUAGUGGGGAACCUAAAAUGCUAUUUGUUGACUUAAGUUAUGCUAUCAAAACAGAAGAAGCAGAAAGAAUCGGUCUUGAUCAUGUUGCAAAACUUUCAGCUACUCCUCAGGGUUCUGAUUCUCAUAGCUCAGUUAUCUCAGAGCAUCUUGGUUGCCAAUUGAAUGCUGUCAAAAUGCUACGAGAUCGUAUUAACUUGGUUUUAGCGUAUGUAAAGGACACCCAAAAAGGAGACAUCCCAUGGAACGACGAGAUACUCAGAGAAGCUCACAACCUUUGUUACAGACUACCUGUAAUCAAUAACGGAGCUUAUUCUGAACAAUUUUACAACCAAUGCAAUGACGUUGCUCUGAUUACUUACCUGAGUACACUGACCAAAGCUUCCAACACUCUCAACCAAUUUGUCAAUAAGUUUAACAUUCUCUAUGAUCGCCAAGGAAUGGGUCGAAGGAUACGAGCUUUAUUCAUGUAGAAGAAGAAAAUAGACCUGAACAUUUAAGCCGUCUUUGCUACAUCAUAACAUCACAAACAUAAAAAUGACAAGAGUUUUAUUCAGUUCCAAAUUUGCUUCAAUUUCUAGACAAAUUUUCAAUGUAUAAAUAACUUACAUUGAUAAAUUCCUGCCUAUAAAAUAACUUACUUUGAUAAAAUUAAUUUUGUCAAUUGUAUUCACGUAUUUGGUAUUAUGUGGAAAAAAUUACACUAUUUUAUUGUAAAACAUGAAAAUUGUAUGAAAAUUGAUGCAAUACAAAAGUAUUGAUUGCCAUUAAAAAUAAAGAAAAUUAGUAA